AGGUAGGCGUAGGAUCGGCCGUAUUACUGCUUAGCUGGUUUGCUGGAAGGGUGUUGGCUGUGAAGUUGCUCAAGUGCUGAAGUUGUCGAACUGUCGAUCUACAGCUCGGUUCACAUCGGGACCCCUUCUUCAUCGGAAGCCGAGCCAAACCCUUUCCUAAACCGCACUCCCACUCCACCCAUCCAGCCAAAUAUUGCCAGGUGGUGGCUGACACGCAAUCUGGUGCUCAAAUUAAUCAUGGCAGCAGGAAUACUACUUAGCAUCGUUCUGGCCGUCUCCCUUUUCACCGGCACGUUUGCUUCCGAGAAGAAGGGGCCCAAAGUCACAGACAAGGUGUGGUUCGACAUGUCCAUUGGAGGCGAACCGGCUGGAAGGAUCGAGAUCGGUCUGUUUGGGAAGACUGUCCCCAAGACGGUGAAGAACUUUGUUGAGCUGGCCAAGCUUCCCAAGGGAGAAGGAUACAAAGGGAGCAUGUUCCAUCGUAUCAUCAAGGAUUUCAUGCUCCAGGGUGGGGAUUUC